AUGCCUGGUGUGCGUGCUAUGUCCAGUGCGCCUGUGCUUUUUCGUGAUACCCAGGAGCACCGCGUGCAGUACAAUUACGAUGUCUUUGAGCAGUUUCCCAACGAGGAGCUCCAAAAGUUUCCAUUCGUGACCCCUGCUGAGCUGGAGAAGUACACGACACGGCCAAAGUCUGUGCGCAUGCUUGCGCGCGAUUUUGUGCAUGAUAGUCUGUACAAUCCUACCUACGGCUACUUCUCGCGGCAGGCUGUGCUGCUUCCGGAAGAAAAGACGGACGGCGACACGCCGCUCAAAGGUAACUUUCCGUUCAACGAUAUCAAGAGCGAGACAGAUUUCAUGCGUGCCGUACAGCUGCGUUACAUGGCCUUUGAGAAGCAGUUCCAAGAAGAGCGCGAAAGGCAGGAGAAGGCCUCGACGCAGGGCCAGCCUACCCUCAAGGAGAAGAUCGAUACCCUGACGCGGCGCCAGCGCCGUGCUGCGUGGGGCAGUGCCGAGAGUCUCGAGCUCGCAAAGGAAAAGGGGCGCUUGCUCGAAAUGCAGAGCAGCAAUAGCAUGUCGGAGAGCGAGGUGGACGCAAUGGCCGCUGGCCAGGUAUGGCAUACGCCGACGCAGCUGUUCAGCCCCUACUAUGGACGUGCGCUGGCGCGCUACCUCGUCACCGAGUACAAGCUCCAUCUCUUUCCCUAUCACGACCUCGUCCUGUACGAGCUCGGCGGUGGUGCGGGUACUUUGGCGUGCGAUGUCCUCGACUAUAUCGAGGAAGAGGAGCCGGAGGUGUACGAGCGCACGCGCUACCGCAUUGUCGAGAUUAGUGCGCGUCUCGCCGCGCAGCAGUCGGAGCGUCUCGCCCGCCACCGUGCGAAUGGCGUCGCACAGGUCGUCCACAAAGAUAUCCUGCAGUGGGACGAGGAUGUGAACGAGCCAUGCUUCUUUGUGGCGCUCGAGGUGCUGGACAACCUGACGCACGACGUCAUUCGGUAUUCUAUGGGCGACUUGCAGCCGUAUCAGUGUGUGGUCUCGAUCGACGGGACGGGCGACUUCCAUGAGCUGUGGGAGCCGGUGCAUGAUCCGGCCAUCAAGCGGUACCUGAGCCUGCUGGAGUCGGUGCGCCCGACGCUUUUGCCCCCCGGUGCGCCGACGUAUCUCGCCUGGCUCCCAGAUGCUGUGCGGCGCUUCUUGUUCGAGCACAUGCCGUUCUACCCCAACCUCACGCAGCCGCAUUUUAUUCCUACCGGUGCGCUGCAGAUGAUGGACGUGCUCAAGAAGCACUUUCCCCAGCACCGUCUCGUCCUCUCCGACUUUUCGUCGCUGCCGGAUGCCGCGCCGGGUGUGAAUGCACCUGUGGUGCAGACGCGGCAUAACGGCGUAAUGAUUCCCGUGACUACCUACCUCGUUCUUCAGGGAUUCUUUGAUAUCUUUUUCCCUACCGACUUCCAGGCGCUGCGGGAUGUGUAUCUGCGUGUGAUGGGCUCGCCGCCCGUGUCUGUUGCUGAAGAGGAAGGGCACGCAGAGCCCCCCACGACGUAUUUCACGCCGACCUACUCGGGCGAGGCCGCGGCGGAGAAGAGCGUGCCUAGGUACGAGGACUAUACUCUGUCGCCCGCCGGCCUGUUUUCGACAGGCAUCAUCCCCCCCCCGCUCCUCUCGUCCUCGCACGAGGCGCGGAUUCUGACGCACUCGGAGUUCCUUAGUCGCUACGCCGAGCUGCCGCGGACCCAGCUGCGGGACGGAUCCAAUCCGCUCGUAACGUGGUAUGCCAAUGCCUGCUGGCUGCUCACAUAG